AUGGACUCCAAGGCCACCAUCGGUGUCGAGUUCAACACCCGCAACGUUGAGGUUCAGGGCCAGAUCAUCAAGGCCCAGAUCUGGGAUACUGCCGGCCAGGAGCGCUACCGUGCCAUCACCAGCGCCUACUACCGCGGUGCCGUCGGUGCCCUCCUCGUCUAUGACCUGGCUCGCCGCUCCUCUUUCGAGGCGGCUGCCCGCUGGCUGCGUGAGCUUCGCGACCAUGCCGACCCGGACAUUGUUGUCUCGCUGAUCGGUAACAAGAGCGAUCUCCGCCACCUGCGCGCUGUCCCCACCGAGGAGGCCCGCACCUUCGCCUCCGAGCAUGGCCUGAUGUUCAUGGAAACCUCUGCCCUCGACUCCAGCAACGUUGAGAACGCCUUCAAGAGCAUUCUCGGAGAAAUCUACGCCGUUGUUUCUAACCGCGAGCGGACUGCCGCCGCCCAGGACCCCGAUGGCAUUGGUGCCUCUGGCAAGGGCUCCAUUGCUCCGGGCAAUGAGACGGUUGUCAUUGACGACAAGCCCGCCAGCGGGCAGGCGUCUGGUGGUUGUGCUUGCUAA